UAUAAGAGGUACCUUUGAGUUUAUUUUGUAAUUUAUAAGAGUGAUCAUAGAUCAAAUAUCAACUACGUACUACGAUAGUGUAAAAUGCCAGGUGGUAAAGGUGGAGGCGGUGGCGGUGGUAAGGGCGGGGGUGGUGGCGGUAAAGGUGGAGGAGGUGGUGGUAAAGGUGGAGGAGGAGGUGGUAGUGCUAGUUCUAAAGGUGGUGGUGGCGGCGGCGGCGGCUCUGCCAAGGGAAGUGGCGGCGGCGGGUCCAUGAAGGCGCCAGGUGGCGGUGGAGCAUAUAUUUCAAGGGGUGAAUUUCAGAGUAACCCACAGGGUUACUUCUCUGAUCUACACUCUGCACAAAAGGGAAAAUAAUCUGUGCUUUAGCUAAAUAAAAAUAUGUCUAAUAUUAGUCUGUUAAUUAAUUUCCUAGGGUGUUUUUUUGUUUUAUUAUUAUGUUGUUUUGGUAGAUUUUACUUAUGUAUUAUGAAUAUUAUGUAUUUUUUCUUUUUUAUAAUAAAUCUGGAGUAUUUUGGUA